AUGGUACGAAGUGGUCUAAAAGAACCUAGAAGACCAGCGGGACUUUCACCAAAUGAAAAUUAUAUUGGCGUUCCGCGUGUGGAUCAUUAUUGGCUUUGUGCUCACUUGGCUUCAGCAAUUGUUCUGUAUUCAUUACUAUUGUGGGGUAGCUUUAGCCAUUUAGCUUCCCAUUCUUUAGUUAAACCAUUCAGUGGCAUAAAACGACUUAAAGCAUAUGGUCAUAUGGGGAAAGCUCUGACAUUUGCGACCAUAAUUUAUGCUUGCAUAUGUAUUUGA